AGAAAUGUUUUCAACUCGUUAUGAUGCAAACUUGCUUUAGUGAACAAGAGCUUGAACAAAUGUCUGCUGGUUGAUACGUUGUCUGUACAUGAAAAGAGACUUUGAAGAGAUUUAAGUGUAGAGUUUUAAGUAAACUGUACUUGGGUAUAUUGAAAUUUGAGAGCAGAGUAAGUGUUCAGAGCCUGUAUAGCCUUAGUUGUUGUGUAGUUUGGGUACACUAGGUUAAUAUAAAGUCUGCUGUGAAAAAGUUUUGCAGUCCUUUGCAUUCACACAUAGAGAAUGCCUUGUGGGAGAGGAUGAUAAGGUUCAGAAUGAUGUUUCUGGCAAUUUUAGGAAAUAGUAGAAUAUUUUAUGUUAUAUAGCAAAAGGGGCAUCAAGAAUAAAACUUGUUGUAAUUGGCCUCUGAGCUUUACAGAACCUUUUUUUUUUUUUUUUUUUUUUCCUGGAAGCAGAAGCCGUAGAGUAUUUUCAGAGAUGGGGAGAAGUAACCUUGUUUUGUGGGAAUAAGACAUCUUACUAAACACCCAUAACUUCCAUACAUUGGAAACUUCAUAUUUCAGGUAGAUCAGGGUGCCACACUCGUGAACUCUUCUUUCAUCUUGUUCAGGAGGCAUAGCUGAGAUCAAAGGACAUCAGGGUGAACAGCACUUACUGAAAAGGAUGGUUGGAGGCAGAAACUGUGAUUGUAUCUGAAUAUAAGGCUCUCUUGAACAAAACAGGAUGAAUUUGAUGAGUGCUGUACAGUACCUGGAAAGGUGCUUGCUUUCCUUCAUCCAGCUUUAAGGAAAGGAGAGCCGAGGUGAUUUAAGAGUGGAAUGAAGCUCUGGAAAAGGUUAAUCUUACGUAUUUGUGUUAACUAUUGGCAGCAGGUCUGAUGGACAGAGAUAUACAGAGCAUACAUUUGUAACUUCAAACCAACUUCAGGACUUUGGAGUAGGUGCUGAAUUUAAGCAAAAAAAAAAAAAGGUGGAAAAAAGUGAAAACCACUCAGUGACCGGACAUAAUUGCUCUGGGGAGAACAUGAGCUUAACGCCCUGGCAACUACGUGCUUGAAUUACUUGGGGGGUGGGGGCAGAAGUGUUGGCACAGGUUUCUGCUAUAAUAUUGACCUCUUUGUAGCAUAUUCUGCAAUGCUGAGCUCCAACAAAAGACUAUGGUAGUGACUCCAGAAGGCAUUGUUAAUGCUGUUUUAUUUUUUCACUGUCAGUGUUGAAGAAUGACUUUUGGAUUGUUUAGCAUCGUUUCUUUGUGACAUGAUAAGACUUACUCUUUGAGUUUGUUUGAGACGGGGUUUGAGGAGUGUAAAUAUGGCAUCUUCAUGUGGUACACUUGUUUCCUUUAAAAGUUUGGUUAUAUGUAUGAGGCCUUCAAGGAUUGGGUUACAUGUAAUGAGCGUACUCAAAAGAUAGAUUUAAUACUGUAUUUGCUUUACCCCUGGCCUUGGGAGAAUGUGCUUACUACAGGCACGGCUGGCUCAUUGCAGGUGAGAAAUGUGUUUUGGGAGAUGCUGCUGGCUGAAAUUUUCAGAAAAUGUUAUAGAAGAUAAUGGAUGUAAUAAGUAAGGGGAUAAAAAGAGUUCAUUAGCUUGGUAUGGUUUGCAGGUGAGGUGACUUAAUGGAAAGUUGCAUUUUUUUAUUAUAUUUUUUUUUAGCCUUCAUUCAGAUCAAACGAGCCACAAUAUGAAAAGCACUUUUUACUGUGAAUAAAUCGAUUAAACUGAUUAAUUUUAAUCUCCAGGUCAUCUGCUGGAACUGGUAAUUUUCUUGUAUUCCCCUCUGAAACAUUAAGAACAUGGGUUAUUGUUAAAGACAGAGUGAUUUUUACAGUGCAGGAGGUCACUCUUAAAACGUUUUAAGUAGCAUUUGUCUUGAAAAUGGGUUUGUGCAUUGCUCCCAUGUAAUAGAGUUGAUGUUAUUUUCUAGAACACUUACUGUUCCCUCCAGAAGAAGUAGGCUGAAAGGUUAUAUGAAACCUUUCAGAAUUUAUCUGUGGUAUUUGUUCUGGUUAACUGUGCGUGUACUGUGAACUGUCCAUCAUAAAUAUGGAACGUCUGAUGAGUAAAUGAUAGCUAUGUCAAUCAUAAGGCCAACAUCUCAACUCCGGUCCCUUGUUUUUUCCGGGAGAAGCAAAGAGAAAUAAUUCCAGAGAGUUAAUCAUCCCAGUCAGUUUUUAGUCAAACUAAUUGACAAAAGGGAGCGGGGGAGAUCCAAAUCAAUAGAUGCAAACUUCAAAACCAGGAUUGCAGAGAGGCUUGCUUUCUCACAGCAGUGAUGGGAGCCUUUGGGGAAUUGCUAAUUGUACCGUUUAUGAAUAAACAGCUUACCAGGGAAGCAACUGUGGUGAGACUUGUAAACAUAAGCAUAAAAGCAGAAUCACAACCCGACUAGUCUCGUUACAUCUUCCUUUGCUUUUCACUCAGCCCAGGAAGCAGCAGUUACUGUUUUGUCAUAAAGGGGAAAUAUCGGGCAGCCUUUUCCUGGCCCUGGUAAUGAGCAUGGUAACUUUCUCAAUUCUCUAAUUUGUCAUAGAAGAGAAAGGCGUUAGAGCAGUUGGCGCAUAUGGUUUGUAUACUAGUUCAAGAGAUGUCUGCACAAAGAAUGGCACUUGUGAUUCAGCUAAGGAUGCUGUUAAAUGCUGUCAUUCCAGUGUCAGGCUUCGUGGUUGUGUGAGCUUUUUGGAACCUGAUCACUUUAAGUGCUACUUGUUGCGUCUGAAAUUCAGUUAAAUAAAUUCUUGUCUAAAGGUGCAUUUAUAGCAUUCAAUGUAUAUAAUAAUUUGAGAUUAAUAAACUUAAGACAUUUUCUCACCUUGUUAGGAGUGGAAGAAAAAUGUUAAUUUUCUUUUGUAAGAACAAAUGAAUUCAAGUAUUUGAAGUGUGAGAGAAGCUUUCUGAAGGUUGUCAGCAGCCUGUAAAGCAAACAAAAGCAACCUGAAUCUGCUAUUCACUGGAAAUGUACUCACGGCAGUGUGUGUGGAUAUGUAUGUAUAUAUAUAAAAAAACUGGUUUGUUCUUGAUCUCCUGCAAGUUUGUGUCUGAUGUUAGUCUGCAGUGUUCUGAAAGCAUGCCUUCAAAAAUCUAAUCUGGUGUACCACGUAAUUGUUUUGUCUUGACUUUUUCUGACUUUUUUUUUUCCUAUUGUCCUUGCUUCUUUCUUCCUGUCUUCCAGAUCUAGCAUUCAUUUUGUUUCCUGUUGCGUAUGCUCUUAUUUUCCACCCCCAAAUGUCUCUUGAUGUAAAGCAAAUGCACUAUUUUAACUAUUUUGCACACUAUUUGCAUAACUAGUGUGAAAGCUGUGCAGGUGUUUGCUGCUAGCAAACAGACCAGUAGUUGGAAUUGACUGAAGUCUCUCUUAGGUUGUCGGAUCAGAAUUGUCUUGAUCACUUGAGCAUUAACCUUCUAUUUUUAUUAUUUCUAAAUUGCUCUUUGUGUAUUUCCUCUCAAACUUUUUUAGAGGUUCUGCAGUGUGUAGCACCAUGUCUUGUAGCUACUUCUGCUGUUUUGAGAGUUCAUAAUGGCUGCAAGAUGUGUGUCAUCUAGCGCCGAGUGGUUUGGUACAGUGUUGUGUAUGUGUUUAGACUGUGUGGGAGUAUAAUCUGGAUGCUGUUUGUUGUUUGCUGUAAGGCAGGCAGUUUAAAAUCCAGUAGUGCAAAAUAAGAUUGCAGUGGCAUAUUGAACAUUUCAAGGUGUGUUUGUGAGGAGCACACGUGCCUUGAUGCAUUCUCCGACUUGCAAACUACCACAGAGGAGCAGAGGUGCUGCAAACGGAGUUAGAAAAGGCUUGUGUGAACACUUGCUCUGCUUACGGAUGUGGGCGUAACCUGACGAAGUUAUCCCUGAUAUUCAGCCAUAUGCUGGCAGAACUCAAAGGUAUUUUCCCAAGCGGCCUUUUCCAGGGCGACACAUUCCGGAUCACCAAGGCAGAUGCUGCAGAAUUUUGGAGAAAGGCUUUUGGUGAAAAGACUAUCGUUCCUUGGAAGAGCUUCCGUCAGGCUUUGCAUGAAGUGCAUCCGAUCAGCUCAGGGCUGGAAGCCAUGGCCCUGAAGUCAACGAUUGACUUGACAUGCAAUGACUACAUUUCAGUAUUUGAAUUUGAUAUCUUCACACGGCUUUUUCAGCCAUGGUCCUCUCUGCUCAGGAACUGGAAUAGCCUAGCGGUGACUCAUCCUGGUUAUAUGGCAUUCCUAACAUAUGAUGAAGUGAAAGCCCGGCUUCAGAAAUUCAUUCACAAACCUGGCAGUUAUAUUUUCCGAUUGAGUUGUACACGACUUGGUCAGUGGGCCAUUGGCUAUGUCACUGCAGAUGGGAACAUUCUUCAGACAAUCCCCCACAACAAACCUCUUUUUCAAGCACUGAUUGAUGGCUUCAGGGAAGGCUUUUAUUUAUUUCCUGAUGGCCGGAAUCAGAAUCCUGACUUGACUGGCUUAUGCGAGCCCACACCUCAGGACCACAUUAAAGUUACACAGGAGCAAUAUGAAUUGUACUGUGAGAUGGGCUCCACCUUUCAGCUGUGUAAAAUAUGUGCCGAAAAUGACAAGGAUGUGAAGAUUGAACCAUGUGGCCAUCUGAUGUGCACGUCCUGUCUCACUGCGUGGCAGGAAUCAGAAGGCCAGGGUUGUCCUUUUUGCCGCUGUGAAAUCAAAGGCACGGAGCCAAUUGUAGUAGAUCCAUUUGACCCCAGAGGAGGAGGAGGAUUAUCAAGGCAAGGGGCAGAAGGAACUCCCUCACCCAAUUAUGACGAUGAUGAUGACGACAGAGCUGAUGAUUCCCUCUUCAUGAUGAAAGAACUCGCUGGUGCUAAAGUCGAGCGUCCUCCUUCUCCAUUCUCCGUAGCUCCACAGGCCACCCUUCCUCCCGUGCCACCGCGACUGGAUCUUUUGCAGCAGCGAGUGUCCAAUCCACCUGGAGCUUCCAGUCCUGGGACCACUUCAAAGGCUGCACCUGGUACACUUCACAAGGAUAAACCUCUGCCGAUCCCACCCACGCUCAGAGACCUCCCGCCGCCACCGCCUCCGGACAGGCCACAUGCCAUUGGGACUGAAGGUCGAUCUCAGAGACGUCCCCUGCCCUGCACGCCAGGAGAUUGUCCUUCGAGAGACAAGCCCCCUCCUGUGCCCUCCAACCGUCAGGCGGACCUGUGGCCGUCCAGGCCAAUUCCAAAAGCCCCACCUGUGGCUCUCAGCCCCGCUGACCCUUGGGCUGGGAGAGAACUGUCGAACAGGCACUCGCUUCCCUUUUCCUUGCCCUCUCAGAUGGACUCCAGGGCUGACAGCCAUCGGCUCGGGAGCACGCUCAGCCUGGACAACCCGGUGAGCUUGAACACUGGUCCAACAACAACCUCAGAGUGUGAACACCCCAAAAUUAAACCCUCCUCAUCUGCCAAUGCGAUCUACUCCUUAGCUGCCAGACCACUGCCUGUACCAAAACUGCCUCCUGGGGAACAGUCUGAAAGCGAUGAAGACACUGAAUACAUGUCGCCAUCCUCUCUGCCUGUGGUGCCUCCAGGUCCUGCUGUACAAAAACCAGAGAUCAAACUGCCUUUGGAAAUGACUCAGAGUUUACGAGUUUUAGACUGCGACCAGCAGGCGGAUGGCUGUACGUAUGAAGCGAUGUACAACAUUCACUCCCAAGCAGCAUCCUCUGCUUUUGAGACUGUCAACGCUUCUGAUGAAGGGGAUCUGGCAGCAGCCACUGCCAGCAACGGCCCUGAAGAGUCAGAAAAUGAGGAAGAUGGCUAUGAUAUCCCCAAACCACCAUUACCAGUUGCUAUUGCUCGUCGCACACUGUCUGAUAUCUCCAAUGCCACAUCUGCCUUCAGCCGAAUGUCUUUGGAAAAUGACCCUGUAACAGGUUUUUCAGAUGGCUCUCAAGUUCCAGAAAGGCCACCGAAGCCACUACCACGGAGAAUAAAUUCUGAGCGGAAAGCGGGGAGCUGCCAAACAGGUGGAGCCAGCAGUGGGACCAGCGCAUCACUGCAGCUCUCCAGUGAGAUCGAGAAUCUGAUGAGCCAAGGCUAUUCAUAUCAGGACAUUCAGAAAGCACUGGUCAUUGCACAUAAUAAUAUUGAAAUGGCCAAGAAUAUUCUCCGGGAGUUUGUUUCCAUUUCCUCCCCUGCGCAUGUGGCCACAUAGCACAUUACCUCCACACCUACAACUUCUGUGGACCAGCUGCCUGGGCAGCCGUAGCCCAGCUACGCACCAAAGGGGAAGGGGGUUCCUUUAGAGACUUCGUGCUGAGGUCAGUCCUGCCUCGUAAGAGAAUCAGUUAUCAGGUUUUUGUGGUUCCAGAUUUCAAAGCAGUGGAAUGAAAUGGAGCAGAAUGGUGUUUUAUACAGUGUAUGUCUUGGAGUCCUUUACCCCCUACCUCUUGUUUGAGAGAACAGAUUUAUUUCCAGGGUGUUGGUAGAGAAAGGUGUCGCAACAAGGGAUCCCCGAGCUGAUGCCCUGGAGGCUGGGGGCAGUGUUUUGUGCUGUGAAUUCUAAGUGAAUGCUCUGAGAAACAAAGUCUCGAGGUCAGUGUGGUGUGUCCUGUGGUUCAUGGUACUAGGUUUGGAUCUGUUUGCUGCUGUGUGUCUGGCUCAGGCUUUUUAGAGCAGCUGGGAGGUCCCUUUCUGCUGGGAAUAAAUAGGAGACCUUGGAAGAAUCUUUUGAUUGCUUCCUGCUCACCAUGGUGUUUCCCUUUUGCCUGUAAUAAUAGCAUUGAUUGCUUAUGAUUCAAGCCCUCCCUUUUUGCCUGGAGAUAGCAUGACUAGCUUCUGCCGGGCAUUUUGAUCUUGACGGUGCUGGGAGUUGGAUUUCUCUCAUGUAUGUCCUCUUGCCGGCAGCACUGGCAGCACCAGAUUCCAGGCAGCUAGACGUGCUGAAAGUUUUGCGUGUUUUUGAGGGGUGGGAGAGGGUGGGAAGAAUUUGAGUGAAAGCAAAGAACUGGCUGCUGCUUCUCCUUUUUUUACCCUGGAGCAUUUUGUGCUUCAAUGCUCAAACUUGAUUGUGGCCCUGCUGGGCUUGAGCAGCCAUCACUGGACACUCCCAUGCGCUCUUUCUGUAGGAAUGUUGCACCUGGUAAAUACGAUGUUUUAUUUAUCUCAAUUGCACGGUGGCUGUCAGAGACUAGUGGUCUUCACGCACAUUCCGUCUUCUCCUUCAGAGAGCUUUGGCGGGAGCCAGCUGUCUUCGUGCCAGGCUGUUUUGUGGAAUUGGUAGAUGGAGCUGACGUAUUUGUUGCUAUCUUACCUGCUUUGCAGUAAAAGAAAUGCAGCACUUCCCUGCAUGGCUAUCAAAACAACACGGGGGCCCUUCUUUCCAUUUCCAUUGCUCUAAGGUAUUGCCAGAGCUUGUGUUAAAGCAGAUCUGGGAAACUUCUGUAUUUGUAAAAUGAUCACACGGCUUUAGAAGUCAGUACUCAGCUGUUACUUUGAAAGAACCUGACUUGCAUACUCAGCUACUUAACUCUGUUCGUAGAUGCUUGAUGUGCGAGCAGUGUAUGGUUCCUUUUGAGAGGAUUUAAAUCGAGCAGGCAUACGCAGAUCACAGCCUGACAGGCGAACAAGCGCGCUGUGUACACUGAGAGGCUGUUAGCCUUUUGGAGCGUGUCUAGCGUUAUUUGCAUCUCUCUUAAGGGCAGCAGUAGUCACUAGGCGAAGGGUUGCAACUUGAAGUGGUGUUGGAGUGGUUAUGGCAGUUGGAUGCAGUUUAGCCUUUUAAAGAAUCCGGUAGCUGGGCCCGUGUCUCAGAAAUGGCUUGCGGUUGGCAGAGAGGACUGAACAAGUAUUAGCAAAGGGAAUUAAGCGUAAAAUCUUUGUUUUAUGUUAGAGUAUAGGUUUCUCUCUAGAUCUACAGCUUUAUAAAUUGAUGCAGUGAGUUCCAGGUAGUUUAAAAGCAUGAACUGCCUCUUUACUUCCCUCCUUUCUGUAGUGAAGGAAACCUUCUCUGAAACCGUAAGGAGAUCUCCUGCAACAUUUACAGGUCGCCACCACUGCUGCUAUUUUGGGGCCAGGGCUGAAACUUGCAAUACAGCACACCGAUGAGAUUCACGUCAGUGGGCACGGCGCUCUGCGGUGGUGCAGAGCGGUCAGGCCCAGCCAAGAGCAGAGUCUGGCCUUGGUGGAGGUGCUGCGCUGCAGAGGAGGUGAUGUCAGUGUGUAUUGCACUCGGGGAAGAAGAGCUGUUCUUUUUCCUCUGCCCACACGUGCAACCGUCAGCGGUAUCAGGAGCCAGUCCUGCUCUUUCUGCGUGAAUUGCUCUGCCAGUUACGCGUGGCAGCCUUGGUCAGUGUGUGUGUGUGAGCUUCUAGAGAAGCAAGCCCAGCGCUGGUGCUGCUGAGGCAGGAACAUGGGGCAGCUCUGGUUGUUCUCAGUUGUCUCUGCACGUUACAUUUGUGAGCCCAAGCAACUAGUCCUGGUGUAUGAGAGUUAUUUCCUGGCUUUGUCCCAGAAAACCAGGGAAAAACCCUUUUGUAAGGGAGCACUACGGUUUUAUUUCCUGCUUUUUCAUAUUCUCUCCAGUGCUGCCACUAGCUCCAUGUUGGAUUUGGAGCCACUUCAUUUCUGACUUGCUCUAUAAACUCAGUGCAAGUGUGUUCAAGUGUGGCGCGUGACUCUUGCCACUGCCAAGACUGCUUAAGAGCCAAGUCCAGCUGGCUAGAAAGCCUUAACUCUUGUCUUGCACAGUGUGUGUGAUCAGAGUAGUGAUGCCCUGUCCCAUACAAGCCCUUUAUUACAGGCUUGUUGUAAUGUUAAAUUAAAUCAUGCCUAGCAGAGCUAUUACAGGCCUGUCUUUGGGGUUUAUGUGCCAAGAGAUGUUCCUAUGGGUGUUGUUCCAGGUAUUAGAGAUAAGAGAGAGCACUCUUUGUGGCAUGUAUGUGGCACUAAUUUUUCUGCAUGUGUCUCUUCUGUCCACUGUUUGUGUCUCAGUCUGACUUAGGAAACUUAAGUCUUGGCUUUUCUUCCUUAGACGUGAAAGCAUUUGCUAGUACCACUGAAGUGCAGCAGAGUCCUGACCAUGUCUUAUGGCCGUGCUCUGUGGAGUCCAUCCAAGCACUGUACAGUGUAUUUUUCUUGUUGUUCUUUCAGAAAGGUAAGCCUAAGAUUAAUUUCUCUCUUUUUCCCUUCACCUCCUUGAUCUUUAUGCUUAAGAAGUUAACUUUAUGACGCUACUUUAAAAAGAAAAAAAAAAAACCCAAACAAAAAAACACAAAACCCAAACCCCAAAUGUCUAGUGCCUUUCUUGAGGGAAUGCUGCAUCGCUAGGCUGGAUCUGAGCAUCCACACCUCUGUGAAACUGAAGAGCCCGAGCUAGACAAGCUGUAAAGAUGCCUUUGAGCAUGAGACUGCUUUGAAAGGGGUGAAAAGAAGGGGCGCCGAAGAUGGGCAAUUGUCACUUCAACUAUGACACUGUGUUUUGUAGCAUUUCAACCGUGGAGGUUUCCUACUUUACCUGUUCCUAACAGUGACUUGUCUGGACUGGUGCUGUACUCAGCUUGGUGUGAAGACAGUAGAAUUGUAGAACAGGAUUGGUUUUGCUUGUAAUGAAAUACAAGUUCUGCUCACAAAAACUGCUGGGUUUCCCCCCUACCUGUCAACCCUGGCCACAAAGCAAGCAGAAAACACUUUGUACAGUGAGAGCUGGGCACCAGAUGUGUGGGACCAGUGUGUGUCCCUGCACAGCGAGCAGCAGGGCGCUGUGGAAAGCAGACAAGCGUCUCUGUUCCGAACAGGUUUGCUGGCUGUUCAACGCCAUUGUAGCUGAAUGGGAGUCUGGAAUGAGCCCUGUCCUGCCAGGGGUGUGGUAAAACCUGUCUGCUGCACUGCCCUUGUGUGUCUGUCUCUGCAAGUGCUGCAGCUUGAGGCGUGGGAUGCCUCUGCUGGGGACCAGUGGGCUUGUUUCCCUUCCAGUUUUUCUGCGUGCCCUUCACUGAGCCCUGCCCUGGGGGAGCCGGGGGGGCUCGGGGUCCAGCAUGUUGCUUCCUGCACUAGACCGAUGACAUUACUGUAGCUAAUUCUGAGGCAGGGUCAUUACUGUAAAUGUUUGUGUUUUUUUCAGUUGAGCAAGAAAAAAAUGCAACUCCCAGGGCACUUUCUUAAAGGUGCCACUUUAAAAAUUAGUGGAGAAUAAGGACACUUAUUUUUAAAGUUCCUAAUAGAAAUCUUCUUUGAAAUUCCCAGUGGGGGAGGAACAGUUGUUCUUUCUCUUGAAUGACAAAUACCAAUUUGUAUAAUAUCAGUGUUAAAAUGUUGAGAUUUUCACAAAAUAUUUUAAAAAAGUAUAAUAGUGUCAUUAAUAUAAAAAUAUAAUAGCAGUAUUUAAUCCUUUCAGUCUGUAAAGAAUAAGGAAAAACAGAAGGUAAAUAUUCUUACAGAGAGUAGCUGAGCUUUAAGGUUCACUUGGUUUAAAGUCCUCAUUUUGUUUGCAAAUGCAUUGUUAAUGUUUAGAGGUUAUACUAAUGUUAUUUAUUAAUUGUUUCCAUUCUUGUAUGCUGCCCACUAAGAGCUUCUUUGUUUGGGAUUUCAUUCACCUGUGUCAGUAAAAAGAAAACAAAACAAAGUUUUAUUUUUAAAUAAAAUUUCCUUUGUUGUAGCA